AUGUAUUUGCUGGCCAAAUGGGCAAAGAAAUUAUUAAUGAUGGAAUCAAAGCAAUCUAUAUCUAUAUGUGUCCAGAGACCACAUGUUGACAAACUUAAAAAAGUGGCCCAGCGGAUCCGAGAUUUCCCCUUUUUUAUUUUCUUUUUUCUGUUGCGUUCUGAAGAAGAAUCAACGGCGUCAGAAAUGGCAACCAAAGUCCAAUCCAAGACAUAUUUUCCAGGUUCCAUGAUGGAUCUUAACAAUGGUUUCUGCAACAGUAUGUGGGACCCAUAUCAUGAUGAUAGAGCCUCUGCCUCUGAAAAGAGCCAGUGUUACAACUCCUUUAUGAUGAUGCAAGCCAUGGAUGGAUACUCUGGAUAUGCUAAAGAACAAAUGAGACAAACUAUUUUGAAACAGGAUUCGAUCUUCAGGCAUCAGCUUGAAGAACUUCAUCGCCUGUAUAAAAGACAGAGAGACUUGAUGAGUGAACUCACCAUGAAAGAACAUUGCAAUUUUUCAAUGCCAUUGAAGGAUUACACACCUCUGAAUUCAAAAUCCAGCAUCAAUCAAAGAAGAGUGAUUGAUCUAGAACUACCUGCUGAUGUAUAUGAAGAUAAUGAAGGGAAACCACAAUUUGAAAAAAAUGUUCAUAAAUUGGCUGAUCUUAAUGAACCAAUCCACAUGGAGGAAGCACCAAAUUCAAAUUCAGAACUUUGGUAUUUACCAAAGAUUUCUCAACAAAGGGAAAUCUUUGAUAAAAAGGAGUUAAGUUACAACAAUGGUAUUUUGCAAGGUGACCCUAAGAAACCCGUUGAACAUUUAUCUAAAAAAAGAACAAUAUUUGGUGUUGAACUCUGUGAAAGAAGCAAUACACCAGUUGAUUCUUCACAAAACCUUGAAAAAAAACUGCCUCCUUGGCUUAUGAUGAAGCCAAAUUUAUGCAAUGAACAACCCAAAGGGAAAGAAACAACAAUUUAUCAAAUGAACAUGGAUUCUUUACAGCAUCAUUCCCAUCAGUUCUUCAAGAAAUCCGAGAUCACAAAACUUCAAACUGAUAAUCAUCACCAAAGCAUUACAAAAAUUCUCGGGGUCUCCAUUGUCAACUGUUCUCAAUCUCAUGAUCAAAAUGACAUGAAAGAGAAUGGUGGAAAUACCUCAAGGAAUCACAUUGAUUUGAAUUUGUCUUUCGAUGAAGAAGAUUCACCUUCAUCAACAACACCAUACAUUCCAGAAUCCGUUGUAAAAAUUGCUACAAUGGAGAUUGAUUUGGAAGCACCUGCAACUCUUGAAUCCGAAACAGACACACCUUCAACAGAUGAAGUUUUCAUUGAUGCUGAUGAGGAUCUUGUUAAAGUUGCAGCUGAGGCUAUGGUGUCCAUGUCAUCAUCCGAACCACCACCACCACCACCGGAGGCUGCCGACACUUUGCUCCGGUGGUUCGCGGAGGUGCUUGCAUCUGGCAACAAGAAAGAUCCAGAAGAAUUGGAUAGUGAUAAAGAGUUUAUUAUUCCUGAAGGUAUGGAUUACUUGGAGUACAUGACAUUAAAGAUUAAAGAAACAAAAGAAGAGUAUAUUUGCUAUAAACCGAUUGAAGAAGAUGAAGUUUCAUUAUUACGAAAAAGGACAACAAGAAAGGGACAAGGGAAGAGGGGUAGGCAAAGGAAAGAUUUUCAGAGGGAUGUUUUACCAGGGAUUGUUUCUUUAUCAAGGCGUGAAGUGACUGAAGAUAUUCAGACAUUUGAAGAGGCGUUUACAGGUAUUGGUGUUUCUUGGCAGUCUAAGAGGAAAGUUUCCGGAAAGAAUGGGAGGGGGAGGCGGCGGUUGGUGGCUCCAGACCCAUCUUCUCAGACACCGCCACCGCCACCACCAUCACCGCCAGUGGUGGUGGUUGAGCAGAGUGUUUGUAGGGAGGAGAAAAGUCUUAGCGGGUGGGGGAAAAGGACAAGACGUUUGCCAAGACAGAGGUGUCAAAAUAAUGGUGGUAAUCAUCAGUCUCUUGCUUUGAAGUGUUGAGUAUGAGUAUGAGUAUGAGUAUGAGUAGAUCAUUUUGUUUUGUUGUACAUAAAAUUAUAUACAGUAGACUUGUUGAAUUGUGUCUCCUGUACAAUGACUGAUGAAAUUUGUCAUCAAGAAAGGUGGGUAAUUUGGUAAUUUGGUAAGGUAAACAGUAUUUUGUUUUAUGAGUUUGGUAUAAAAACGGAAGGACAUUGUUUGAUUAUUGGUGUGGGUAUAUGGCAAAAACGAUAAGUGGAUGAGUUUAUAAUGAUCGAUGAUUGAUUAAUGUUAAGUUUGAUAAAAGAUUUGGAGAAUGAAG